AUGAUUGGAACUGAUGCUGUAGUUUUAAUCAUCAUCAUCGUUGUCAUACGCCAUUAUUCGCAAAACCUAAAUAGAAUCGGGGUUCUUCUUCUUACGCCAUCUUCAUCAUUCUUUUCUUCUUCUUUUUCUUUUUCCUUUCGUAUACAUCAUCAUCAUCAUCGUCAUCAUCUUCAUCAUCAUCAUCCGUCAUUUGUUUUUGUCUACAUUCUUUCACCGUCUUUAGCCUUCCUUCUCAUCAUCAUAUUUUUUUGUCUUAUUUGCCUUCUUCCGUCAACAUUAUUGUUUCCAUCUUGUUCGCCUUCUUUUUCAUUAUUCAAUCAUUCUCCACUUAAUUUGCUGUUUCCUUUCUCUUCUUGCCUCCAUCGAUUCAUUGUAGCCUUCCUUAACCUCUUCCUAUCAUUCUUUCCUUUCUCCAUUCAUUCAUUCAUUUUCUCUCGCCUUCGUUUUUUUUAUACAUUCAUGUCCUCUUAUCUUAUUCUUUCUAUUAUUUUCUCCAUCCUUCCUUCCUUCCUUCCUUCCUUCCUUCCUUCCUUUCUUUUAUUCAUUCAUUCACUCAUCUUCCCUCUCUUUCCGUCUUUUUUAUUUUUCUUUCUUUCUUUUUUUCUUUCUUUCUUUCUUUCUUUCUUUCUUUCUUUCUUUCUUUCUUUCUUUCUUUCUUUUUUUUCUCCUCCAUUCUCCUGUUAG